AUUUUAUGAAACGCUUACCAUUACACGAUUGAUAGAAAACUUAAUCGGAAAACUAAAACAAAUUAAACUCUAAUCAUCGUCCAAUCUUGGAUCUCUUUCUUCCCGAACAAAGUUUUGAUCUCUCUUUAAAGAAAUGGUGGCGUAUAAUGAUCACGAUUACUUCUUCAAGCUUGUUUUAAUCGGGGAUUCAGGUGUCGGGAAAAGCAAUCUCUUAUCACAAUUCUCUAGGAACGAAUUCAUCCUCAAAUCCUCAGCCACUAUCGGGGUUGAAUUCGCCAACAGCAGCAUCAACGUUGGUGACACGGUUAUCAAAGCCCAAAUUUGGGACACAGCUGGCCAAGAAAAGUAUCGGGCCAUAACCAGUGCAUACUAUCGAGGUGCAGUAGGUGCAUUGAUCGUCUAUGACAUCACACGCAAAAUAACAUUUGAAAACGUGGAAAAAUGGUUGAAGGAGGUUCGGGAUCACAAGGAACAAAACAUGGUGAUCGUGCUCCUUGGGAACAAAGCUGAUCAAACUAACUUGCGAUCGGUCCAAAGGGAGGAUGCAAAGGCAUUUGCCGAGAGAGAGAAUAUUAACUUAUUCAUGGAAACAUCGGCUCUCGAUAAAUCAAGUGUCGAUAAAGCUUUCACCAAAGCGUUGACUGAGAUUUACCAUAUGGAUAAUCAUCACAUGGUCGAACCCAAGGGACAAACGAAGAACGUUGGAGGUCAUGAAGACGUUGGGAUCAAAAGGGCAAGUGAUUUGGUUAUGGCAUCCGGAAGUAAUUCAGAAGACCAGCAUAGCUCAAUAAAUGAGCCCCCAAGACUCUCUAGUGUUGAUAACUUCUCCAUUUGGAAGAACCGUAUGAUUGGUUACCUAAACUUUGUUGACAGCAAAUUGGUGGAAACAAUAAAGGAAGGUCGGCAUAUUCCUCUAAAGGAACGAUCCAAAUUGAGUGAUGAAGAUAAAAAGAAAGUCGGCCUUGAUUAUACAGCAAUGCAUAUUCUGAGUGUGUCCCUGCCUGAUGAGAUUUAUCGUUUUGUCAUGUACUGUGAGUCAGCUAAGGAUAUGUGGGACAAUCUCAUCGUCCUGUUUGAAGGUACUGAUGAAACAUUGGACUCUCGUAGGUUUCUCCUUAUACAGCAGUACGAGCUGUUCACAUGCAAGCCUGAUGAAUCAUUGACUCAGAUAUACGUCCGUUUUAACAAUCUCAUCAAUGAUCUGAGACAACACCGCAAAACCUUUGAUAACGAUGAAAUUCUGAAUAAAUUUCUCAAAAGUCUAUCUUCGGCAUGGGACUUUAUAACAUUUAUGAUAAGACAAACGAAGAACUUGAAGACUAUGUCACUUGAGUCUCUCUAUGGCCAUUUGCUCACACAUGAAGAGGAAAUAAAGAAUGCAUGAUGCAUGCAUGGAUAAAGGAAAAGUUACAUGGCACCGGGUAAGUCUAGACGGGUUAAAUGAGUUUGCUUGUUGGAAAUUUCUUAGUGCUUUGUAAUAAACACGUAACGUAGUGAUGGCCUACACGGGUCGUCGGUUUCAUUAAUCUUAAAAUAAUAUUUUUCACAGAAUAAAAUAAUAUAAAAAGUUGGCAUG